AAUGAAGCGAGCCUCGACACGCGCGUCGAAGCGUCGGCACAUCUCAUCACUACUUCUCUCCUUCCCGGUGAAACAAGCGGACGUUAAAAUGCGACUUGUCGGGGCGGAGAUCUCGGUUCUGUCUCUCCUGAUGAUGAGCCUUCACGGCGCUGCAGCACUGACUCACUCGCUGAAGUAUUUCUACACUGCGUCCUCUGGACUCCCAAAAUUUCCAGAGUUUGUGGCUGUUUGGCUGCUGGAUGAAGUUGAGUUUGUUCACUAUGACAGUAACACCAGGAGACUAGAACCCAGACAGGACUGGAUGAUCAGACUCACAGAGGAUGAUCCUCAGUUCUGGAAGAGGAACACUGAGCUCGCUAUGGACAUCCAGCAGGACUUUAAAGGCCACAUUGAAAUAGCAAAACAAAGCUUCAACCAAACUGGAGGUGUCCACAUUAACCAGAAGAUGGCCGGCUGUGAAUGGGAUGAUGAGACCAAUGAGGUCAAGGGUUAUGUUCAGUACGGUUAUGAUGGAGAAGACUUCAUAUCAUUUGACCCGGAGACAGAGCAAUAUAUCGCUCCAAAACCGCAGGCUGUCCGUAUCAAACAGAAGUGGGAUUAGGACAGAGCUUGGAUAACACACAGGAAGUUCUUCCUGACUCAUGUGUGUCCUGAGUGGCUUAAGAAGUACUUGAGCUACGGGAGGAGCUCUCUGAUGAGAACCGGUAGGAUCUCCCACAUUUCUCCCCCCUCACCCUUCCAGAUGAGGGUUGACCUGAAACUGUCCUCCGUCCCUGCUGAAGACUGGAGGAGGUACGACUGUGUGUUCCAGCUGUCUGGUGUGGACGAGGACAUCGUCACCAAACUGGACAAGACCAGGACCAACACGGUGACUCACUCGCUGAAGUUUUUCUACACUGCGUCCUCUGGAGUCCCAAACUUCCCAGAGUUUGUGGCUGUUGGGCUGCUGGAUGAAGUUGAGGUUGUUCACUAUGACAGUGACACCAGGAGACUAGAACCCAGACAGAACUGGGUGAGCAGACUCAGAGGGGAUGAUCCUCAGUACUGGAAGAGAAACACUAAGAACUCUAUGGACGCCCAGCAGGUCUUCAAAGGCAACAUUGAAACACUAAAACAACGCUUCAACCAAACUGGAGGUGUCCACAUUGUCCAGAACAUGUACGGCUGUGAAUGGGAUGAUGUGACCGAUGAGGUCAAGGGUUAUGAUCAGUAUGGUUAUAAUGGAGAAGACUUCAUAUCAUUUGACCUGCAGACAGAGCAAUAUAUCGCUGCAAAACAGGAGGCUUCCAUCAUCAAACAGAAGUGGAAUCAGAACAGAGCUCUGAUAGCAGGGAAGAAGAACUUCCUGACUCAUGUGUGUCCUGAGGGGCUGAAGAAGUUCUUGAACUACGGGAGGAGCUCUCUGAUGAGAACCGAGCGUCCCUCGGUGUCUCUCCUCCAGAAGACUCCCUCCUCUCCAGUCAGCUGCCACGCUACAGGUUUCUACCCCGACAGAGCCGACCUCUUCUGGAGGAAAGAUGGAGAGGAGCUCCAUGAGGACGUGGACCUCGGAGAGAUCCUCCCCAACCACGACGGGACCUUCCAGAUGAGGGUUGACCUGAAACUGUCCUCCGUCCCUGCUGAAGACUGGAGGAGGUACGACUGUGUGUUCCAGCUGUCUGGUGUGGACGAGGACAUCGUCACCAAACUGGACAAGACCAGGACCAACACGGAUCGGGGUGAAGCCUCCACCUUCAUCAUCAUCAUCGCUGUGGCUGUUCUUGUCGUCAUCAUCGCUGCUGUGGUUGGAUUCAAGGUUUACAGAAACAGGAACGGUGAGAGAGACGAUCAGAGACAGUGUUGAGGAGCAUUUGAUUUUAGGCUUUGAGUUGAUGCUUUUAUCCAGAAUGAGACACUGAAGCAACUUUCACCAGUCACACCUAUAAAACCAGAUUUGCUUUUAUUCUGCAUUUAUUGUUUAGUGCCAUUUUACUUUUAGACAAUU